GAAAAUGUCACGCAAACUUAAGUCACUUAUUAAAGUAACUUUGGGAGGAUAUGUAACGUAUGCAGCAAUUAGUAUUUAUAAAGGCGAAGAAUCAUUUUACAAGAACCUAAUUAUGCCUAUAGUUCAUUUACUAGACCCUGAGCAAGCCCAUAAUGCCGCAAUUUUUCUAAGUAAAUAUCGGCUAGUUCCUAAACUAUCUUACAGCGACCCAAAAUCGUUAAAAGUAAAAGUAUUUGGGAUAGAGUUUCCAAACCCUGUUGGUGUAGCCGCAGGUUUUGAUAAAAAUGCAAAAGCCGUUUUAGGUUUAAAAGAUAUGGGAUUUGGAUUCGUUGAAAUUGGUUCAGUUACUCCAAAUCCCCAAACUGGAAAUGAAAAACCUAGAGUUUUUAGACUCUCGGAAGAUGCAGCAGUUAUUAACAGAUAUGGUUUUAAUAGUGAUGGACAUGAAGAAGUUCUUAAAAGAAUUGUAAAGAUCAGAAAUGAAAAUAAAUAUGUGAUUAUUGGUGUUAAUUUAGGUAAAAAUAAAACAUCUGAAGAUGCUGUAGGUGAUUAUGUUCAAGGAAUUAAUAAAUUUGGCACAUGUGCUGAUUAUCUUGUAAUAAACAUUAGUAGUCCAAAUACACCAGGUCUUAGAAAUAUGCAAAACAAAGAAAUUCUUAAACAACUCCUAACAGCAUCUUUAGAAGCCAGGAAUAAUUUAAAAAUUGAAAACAAACCACCGUUGCUUUUAAAGUUAGCGCCAGAUUUAAAUUAUGAAGAAAUGAAAGACAUAGCUGAACUUCUUAAGAACAAAUCUUGCAGGGUAGAUGGUUUAGUAAUAAGCAAUACUACUAUUGAUAGACCACCACAUUUAAUUUCUAAUAAUAAAGAAGAAACUGGAGGUUUAAGCGGAAAACCUCUUAAAGAAAAAUCAACACAAAUGAUUUAUGAGAUGCGGCGUUUAACAGAUUUACCUAUCAUCGGAGUUGGGGGAAUUUCAAAUGGAACAGACGCUUAUGAAAAAAUUAAAGCUGGAGCUACACUGAUACAAAUAUACACUUCCAUGAUAUAUGAGGGACCGCCAAUUGUUACUAAAAUUAAACGCGAACUGGACUGUUUGCUUACUAAAGAUGGAUUUAAUAAUAUUGCUGACGCUGUUGGAAAAUAGUGAUAUAAAGAAAUUAUGUGUGAUUAUGAUAUGUAUAAAACUUACUUGUAAUUAGUUUUUAGUAAUAUGGGUGGUUUUAACUUGGUUCAAUAAUGAACUGGAUUCAAUUUUAAAAACUUUUUUUAUAUGUACCUACCUUGAACCAGGUUUGUAUACAGUGUGUCUACGUUAGGCUACACACAAAAAACUUUUUUAUUAUUAGUUUUAUCAA